GGAGGCUUUAGUUAUUGUUUUUCAGGAGGUCAUUUCUCUUCUUAAGGAUUGUUUAGGUGCCUCUUUGGCUUGGGUUCCUCCUCAGGGAGGAAAUGUUGUAGUUCAUGUUUUGAGCAAGAAGGCUCUUGUAGCAGCUCAUGGUGACUUGGAAUGGAGCAUCUGGCCCAAGUGGUUAUUGGAUGCCCUUCACUCCGAUUGUAAUUUUCUUUCUUCUAUGUGAUUGCUUCCUAUUUGGUGUCAAAAAAAAAAAAAAAACAAAAAACUUACAAUCCCAUUAACAUGUGUUUACAUUAUUUGGGAGAUUCUUAGCGCAACUAAUUUGCAAUUUUCCCGAAUGGGAAAUUAUAAGAUGUUGUGAGGAGCACGUGAAUCUCCUCUCCUUUCCGGCUAUAAAGGCCCUGGCUUUCCCGCCACCUCUCGAGACGCAUAACCCCUUGAAUUUUCCCAGGAGAUCUAUAGUUUCUCAUCAGAAAUCUUACCUUUCACUCCCAAUAUUCUGCUAGGGUUUCUCAACCAUAAUAUAUUCUCAUACUUCAUGUGCCCUAAUUUUUUCUCGAAGAUUUCAUUUUUCUCGCUGAAAUUAGGGUUUCUGAACUGAUAUUGGAGUCGAAUUCCAACUUGUCUCGGUUCGUGGAACUUGUUUAGGGUUUUCGAAAAUGUCGACUACAUUAUGCUGGAGACACCACACGCUGAUUCAAGUUCUACUAUCUCGCGGUCCGCUCAAGGAGGAUGAGUUCCACUCUAUCUUCUCCAACGUUACUGGGAAAAGUCCAGGUACUCAUCAACAGCUUUUCAACGAUUUUCUUCUAAAGAUAAACAAGGAGCUCAUGUAUGUUCAGUUUGAGUUGCGGGCCUGUAGAAACCAAUAUGAUGGCAAUGUUUAUUAUGGUGUAGUCAAUAAUAUUGCAGAUGAAGAGUCGAAGCUUGGAACAAAAUACACAGUGCCUCAGAUUGCUUUCUAUAAGGGCAUUAUAGAAGCCAUUGUGCAAGAUGCGACUGCUCGGGGUAGCAUAUCAAAUUUAGAUGCUCUCAAUAUACGAUUGGAGAAUCAGGCUCUGACUGGAACUGGGUCACAGUCACAAGCUGGUCCAUCUCAAGUCCCCCCAGCAUUUAGAAAUUUCUCAUUAUCUCAAAAGGAGAAAACUCUUGAGGAACUUGUGCGGGAUCAGUGGCUUUGUUCCACCCCAGAUGGUAACAUUGGACUUGGUGUUAGAUCUUUCCUCGAUCUGCGAAGUUGGUUCCGUAAUAAUGAUGUUCCUUCGUGUGAAGUUUGCAAUGAGGCUGGACUAAAGGCAGAGUUAUGCCAUAAUGAAGCAUGUACCGUUCGAAUUCAUAAAUACUGUCUAGGAAAGAAAUAUUCUCAAAGAAAGGUUGAAAGAGUUUGUCCAGGUUGUGGCACUCAGUGGCUGAUCCCAGUGUCCAAAACAGAAGCUGUAGAGGAAGAGGAUGAACCAAAUGUACCCUCUCAGAACGGGCGACCUCCACAACCCUUCACGCGAAAGAGGUUGAGAACAGGCAAGAGUGUUGAUGGAGCCGAUAACGCUGGAUCUGGUUCCUCUCAGGCUUCUUUGCUUGAUUCUGAUACAAGGAGGAUAACUCGGAGCUCUGCUCGACUGAGAUAGAUAUGCCUCUGAGCUGCUUGUACAUAAGAUUACCUGUUUAAGUAUCCUAUUUAUUUUGCCUGCCCUAACAGAGUCGUCGUCAUUGGAAUGCUGUGAAUCUGCUUUUUGGAAACCCGAUUAUCAAACUUAAUAUUAUUACCAAUUUCUUGAA